CGAUGGGACUGAAGAAGCCAAGGCGGGGCGGAGCGCCGGGCACGCCGCUGCCGCUCAAGGUGCUGGCGGGCGGUGCAGCCACGCUGCUCUGCACCGCCGCGCUAGCCUUCCUCGCGAUGCCAUCGUCGGUGCAGCCGCCGCCGCCACAGGUGCGGGCGGCGCAGUCCUCCCUGCACGCGCUGAGCGCGCGCCGCAUCGACGGCUCGCCGCUCGACCUCGCCACGCUUUCGGGCAAGGCGGUCCUGAUGGUCAACGUUGCCUCGAGCUGAGGGUCGACGGGGAGCGCGUACGCGCAGCUCAAGCGGUGGCACGCCGAGUUUGGUGCCGCCCUCGAAGUCCUCCUCUUCCCCUCGGACGAGUGGCGGCAGGAGCGAGCAGGUCCCGACCAUCAUUCAUCACGACUGGAUGACAGUUCUUCGUUGUUAAUCAGGAGCUGCCGACGGAGCAGAUCCCGGCAGCGGUGGCGUCGCACGGGCUGCCGGCUGAGGCGCCAGGCUGCCACCUGAUGGAUAAGGUGGAGGUCAACGGCCCGCGCGCGGACCCGCUCUUCGAGCUCGCCAAGCGCUCCUUCCCAGGCGACGUGACCUGGAACUUCGACGGCGCUUUCGUCUUUGGGGCCGACGGUGCGCCGCUCGGCCGCUUCUCGCUGCGCAGCGCGGACCUCUCCUACGCGUCGUCGCUCGUGCGCAAGGCUGUGGCCACCGCACGCUAAGCCGCCACCGCCCCGUCCCACGCCGCCCGUUUGCCCGCCGGCGUGGCCACGCGCCACCCUUCGCCAACCCCCAGCACUGUCUCCCCUUUGGAGGGGCGGCCCCCGCAGCACGCGCUGGCGCCGUCUCCG